ACAAUCGGUUCAUGUAAUAUCUUUACAACGAAUAAGAAAAAAAGCAGUGUUUCUAUUUGUUAUUACAUUAAAAUUGUUUUAAAGAUACAAUCGUAGUAAACUUAGUAUCAUCGUGGGGAGGUAUCUUACAAAAAUUUUACGAUUUCCGUUCCAAGAAGCUUGCUAAAUGCCGUUAGCGGACUACUUAAAACCUGUCAGUAUUUGAUUUAACAUUAUAAACAGUCAAAGUUACAAAAAUUCAGUCAUCCCAAUAAUAGUGUACUUUAUUUGACGUUCGAUAUUCUAGAAUAUAAAAUAAAAAUGUCAGUUACAACGAAAGGUCGAAAACAGCCUACUGCUAUAUCUCGCAUGAAGCAAGACUAUAUGCGGCUGAAACGUGAUCCCCUGCCAUAUAUAACAGCUGAACCACUGCCAAAUAAUAUACUUGAAUGGCAUUACGUAGUGAAAGGCCCCGCUAAUACACCUUAUUAUGGUGGUUUCUAUCAUGGUACUUUAGUCUUCCCUCGUGAAUUUCCGUUCAAGCCGCCAUCAAUUUACAUGCUUACUCCAAAUGGCCGCUUCAAAACGAAUACAAGAUUAUGUCUAAGUAUAUCAGAUUUCCAUCCAGAUACUUGGAACCCAACUUGGUGUGUUGGCACCAUACUCACUGGUUUACUAAGUUUCAUGUUGGAGACAACACCAACCCUUGGAUCCAUAGAGUCAACCCAAUACGAAAAGCAACAAUACGCAAAAAAAUCGCUUGCUUACAACCUAAAAAAUCAACACUUUCGCGACUUGUUUCCAGAAAUUUGUGAGGAAAUUAACAAAAGAAUAGAAGACGAACAAAAAUCUGUUACUAAGUCUACCGCAAUGUCAAAUGGAUCAAGUAGAUUAAAUAACAGUAACAAUGAAUUGCCCAAUGGUGAUAUGUGUGGUUUAGAAAGUAUUGUUGAUAAUCCACAACUUAGGGGAGUUGGAGCAAACAGUACAGGGAACUCUUUCAUUAAUUGGCAUUCAAUUUAUUCAAAUUUAAUAAUUUUAAUUAGUUUUGCAAUAUUUGCACUAAUGGUAAACUAUGUGAUCAAGAAUAUAAAUCAAGAAUAGAAAUAUACAAAAUAUAUAUUAUUCUCCAUUAUGAAUAGAUAAAUAUAAAUAUAACACUGAAUUUCAUUCCUCUAUAAUAUAAAACAUUAUUUGUAUAUACAUGUUAUCGUAUCUAUAACCAAUAAUAUUGUAUCAUAAAAAUACAGCGCUAGUAUAUAAAUUUAAAACAAUUUAUUUGUAAAUAUAAGCACUUUGAAAAGUUAUUUGUGCUAAGAAGUCAUAAAUAUUACACUACAUAUUCGCCAAUCAAAGAAAUAAAGUCGGAUUAAUUUCGUAUAUAAAAUUAA